AUGGCGAUCCAAAAAGUCGUGGAGCAGCAAGCAGAAGCCUUGCAGAGUCGCUUCCCCCAACGUGAGGAACCGCUUCAGAUCAUUGCGGUGUUCCUUGCACCGACUGUCGAGUCGAUGGGUGACGCUCUGAGGGACUUCGAUUCGCGGGUCAAUCUAGCGAAAGACUUCCUCCUCAUGUCGGCGACCUCGUUUGUCGUCGCUGACAUCCGCCGCGCCGUCGCAGCCCACCGAGAGAGAAACGAGAGCCGCAGGUCCAGCUGCGAUCGCCACGGCCGCGAGCAGAUUUUGACGCAGAUCUACUCCUCGCAUCCCCCCACCUCUCCGCAGCGACUCCUGUCUGACGACGUGGCCUUCGUGUUAGACGGGGAGACGAAGGAAAUCGUCAAGCAGACUUCUCUCAGAUCCCGCGCGUCCGUCGGCCUCGGCGACGUGACACUCGUGGAGCAAGGCCCCGCGAGCUCUGCGUCUGAGAGCUUUGAAGUGCGCUACGACCUCGUGGACUCCGGCGUCUCCAUUUGCACGCCCACGGUUCUCGAGAUGUUUCGCUACUCCUUCGACUUCAUGUGCAUGUCUAGAGAUUUCAUUCCGGCGGUGGUCAGCCGCGAAAUCAAGCUCCACUCUGUCUUUGCACACGUUCUGCAGCCGCACCGCGGAUGUUCAGCGUACACUCCCUUCGCGGCGCGCGUCUCAGAUCCGAGGUCGUUCUUCAGCCUCAGCCAGAGCGUGAUUGAGCGCUGGUCAAACCCCGUCGUGCCUGACUCCGUGUCGCUCUUCCUUCACCAAGCGCGGCUCCGUUACAAAGGAUCCGGCACAUACCAGGCUGACUCCGUCGUGGUCGGGAAGCGCAGCGAGGUGGGCCCUUUGAGCGUCGUGGAGGCCGGGACGCAGGUCGGCGACGACGCGACGGUUCGCUCGUCCUGCGUCGGCGCAGGGUGUCGAAUCGGCAGAGGCGCCGUGGUCGAGGGCGCGGUUCUUCUCGGCAACGUGCAAGUGGAUGAAGGAGCCGUCGUUCGCGACGCGCUUCUCUUCCCCUUCGCGCACGUCAAGCGCAGUGCAGAGGUGCAGCGCGGCUCGCUUCUAGGCUCACACGUGACCGUCGGCGAGGCCUGUGUCGUCCCUCCCCACAUGAGGCUGCAUGUCCCUCUACAGGCUUCGCCGUCCGCAGAGAGAUUUUCCGCUGGAGAUGCAGAGGCCGGCGCCGAGCGCCAGUCCGUCGGCAUCGUCGGGAGCGACGGCAGAGGGUGCGCUUUCCUCCUCGAAAAAUGGAGGUCGGAGCGCACGAAACGGGUUGACCACAGCAGACUCGCGCACAUUGCACCCGGAGGCUCGAUCGCGCCAGCCAUCGCCCUCAGGAUGCCGCGAUUCGCAAGAAAUCCUCAGGAAGAGGAAGAUGACGCCGCCGAGGAAGACUUCCAGUUCCGCAGCUGCCCCUCCUUCCGUCGUGUUCUGACGGGGCUGUCCGCCGCCGAUGUGCCGUCUGUCACGGUUUACAACGAAGGGCUGGACGACGAGCUGCUGUCCCUGUGUGAGAAAUAUAUGCAGAGUUCCUCGUUCGGGGAACAGAAUGAUCUCCUCAGGUCCAUUGAGGCAUUCCUGUCUUCUCGGAAACUUCGCGGAAAGACGAACUCCCCGAUGUAUCCAGCCCGGCACGCUCUCCGGGCGUUCCUUUUUCAGUUGGCAAGUCUGGGGCCGGUAAACAAGGAGGGGUGGAAGCAAUUUAUUGAGGCACACCGAGUUGAGUCACUUCUCAUUUCUGUUUUUCCGCUGGGGCGGCUGACUCCUCCUGACUACUUCCCGCUGUGGUCGUCUUGUCUGAAGUUCUGCGAAACAGCUCUGCUGGCUCGAGCGCCGCCGGCCGCGGCGGGCCGGGGCUCCGUUGAAGCGGGGCAGACGCAAGCACGCAGCAAAGCAGACGCGAAUGUGCAAACUCCAAAUCCUCUUCACGGCCCCUCGGCGCUGUGCUCACUGCUCGAGACUAUGCACGCAUGUGAUCUCCUAGACUGUCAAGCCACGCUGCCCUACUGGUUCACGCUCAUGAGAAACCGCGGGAAGCGGGGAAAGGGGACGACGCUUGAGAGUGGAACCAGCGACGGAGGCGCUGGCAAGGCGAAGGUCAAUCAAGAGACCUUGGCUGUCACGGAAGAAGACGAAAUGUAUUUGAGGAAUCCAAGGCUUGUCGCGUUCUGCGAGUGGCUACGCCUCGAACAGAUGGAGAGUGACGACGAAUAUGUGGAGCCGCGCACCAAGGAAGCCAAUUGA